CUCUGACCUUCCUGUCCUAGAUGUCCACAAGAGCAUGGAAGGCAACCAGACAUGGAUCACAGAUAUCACCUUGUCGGGAUUCCAGGUUGGUCCAGCACUGGAGAUUCUCCUCUGUGGACUUUUCUCUGUCUUCUAUAGACUCACCCUGCUGGGGAAUGGGGUCAUCUUUGGGAUUAUCUGCCUGGACUGUAAGCUGCACACACCCAUGUACUUCUCCCUCUCACACCUGGCCAUUGUUGACAUAUCCUAUGCUUUCAACAAUGUCCCCAAGAUGCUGACGAAUCUUAUGAACCAGAAAAGCACCAUCUCCUUUUUUCCAUGCAUAAUGCAGACAUUCUUGUAUUUGGCUUUUGCUCACAUAGAGUGUCUGAUUUUGGUGGUGAUGUCCUAUGAUCGCUAUGCGGACAUCUGCCACCCCUUACGUUACAAUGUCCUCAUGAGCUGGAGAGUGUGCACUGUCCUGGCUGUGGCUUCCUGGGUGUUCAGCUUCAUCCUGGCUCUGGUCCAUUUAGUUCUCAUCCUGAGGCUGCCCUUCUGCGGGCCUCAUGAAAUCAACCACUUCUUCUGUGAAAUCCUGUCUGUCCUCAAGUUGGCCUGUGCUGACACCUGGCUCAACCAGGUGGUCAUCUUUGCAGCCUGCGUGUUCAUCCUGGUGGGGCCACUCUGCCUGGUGCUGGUCUCCUACUUGCGCAUCCUGGUGGCCAUCUUGAGGAUCCAGUCUGGGGAGGGCCGCAGAAAGGCGUUCUCCACCUGCUCCUCCCACCUUUGCGUGGUGGGACUCUUCUUUGGCAGCGCCAUUGUCAUGUACAUGGCCCCCAAGUCCCGCCAUCCUGAGGAGCAGCAGAAAGUUCUUUCCCUGUUUUACAGCCUUUUCAAUCCAAUGCUGAACCCCCUGAUAUAUAGCCUAAGGAAUGCAGAAGUCAAGGGCGCCCUGAGGAGGGCACUGAGGAAGGAGAGGCUGACGUGAGACAUCUCAAAGGGAACCAUGGGGAGGGAGCUUUGCUCCCUGCAAAAUAUGGGAGUUGGCUUUUUUUUUUUUUGUCUUCUGCUAGAAUAAAUGCUACCUUAAACUGGAAUACUAUAGACCUAUACAUAUAAACUGAAGACACAAAUCUUUUAGAAAAGAUAGGUAAAUGCAUUUAUAAUCCUGGAUAGGCAUAAAUUCAUAAAGACACAAAAAUCCCUAGAUAUAAAAUUUUUAAGUUCAAUAAAUAUAGGACCUCUUCACAUUAAUCAUUGUGCUCAUCAAAGUCACCGUUAAGAAAGAAGAAAUGCAAGCCACAAACCAAGUGAUCCUAUGGAAACUACAUGUACCCAGAAAUGGAACUAUUGUUUAUACAGUACAUAGAAAGAACUCCUUUAAAUCAACAACCAAAAAUAUAAACAACCAAAUUUUAUAAAAUUAGCAAAACAUGUGAACAUAUACUCUUACAGAAAAUACAAGGGGCUGAUAAACAUACAAAUGCUGCUUUCCACCAUUAGUAAGCAAGGAAUUGUAAAUUAAAACCACCAUGAGAUACUAUUAUAUACCCACUAAAAUGUCUGAGAUUUUUAAUGGCUUAUUUAUCAUUGAGGUUAUUGGAAAUCUAUUUCUAAUAUUGGAAAUGGUCGAUACUAGCAGAGUUUGUGCCAAUAGUAGCCAAGUCACAUUGAGUUAACAGGAGCAUAGUACACAUCCUCAAGAUCAAUAAUUAGUGACUCUUCCUGUGAAGAUACACAGGUUAAUGCUUAAGGCUUUGAGGGCCAUCUUCUGCAUCAAAACAACUCAACUCUGGCAAAACCAGCCAUAGACAAUGUGUAAACAAAUGGGUGUGCCCGUGUUCCAAUAAAACUGUAUUUGUAAAAACAGGUGGCUGCUGGAAUGGUGCCCAGGGACAGUAGUUUGUGAACCCUUGUUCUAGAUCUUAAAACUAGCAUAGUUCCAGCUGACCACUUUAGAGACCCUCACUGGGUGGGGCCUCAGGGAGCAUGUGAUUAGACAUGUCUUGCGGUCAAAUCCCUGUGAUCACAUUGUACUUACUCGAGAGUGAGGCUUUUCCUCCUUUGACACUUUCUAAAAUAUGCCAUGACUCAAUAGCCAGUGGACUGUAAAUAUUCAUGGUUUCUCCAUCACACAGGAAUUAAGAGCAGGCUCCUCAUACUCCAUCACUAAUUUGAGCCUGAGAUCUUAGGAUAAAAGUUUGCAACUCAACAUUCUAAUUGGAGCACAGCAGUCCAGUGAAAACAAGCACAGAGAUAUUUUGUACAGAUUAAUUUUUAAGAGUGGAUUUAACAAGAUCUUAGAUUUUUGUUUUCUUUUAUAUUUAGCAACCAUUUUAUUAAAAGCAUCUUAUAUCUUGAUAUUGAAAAAGUCCUAGUUUUAAUCAUAUUUUGAGAGAGCCACUCUCAUCUUAUCCUGGAAUACCCAGAAAUGUAAUUCUUAACCCUAAGCUGAUAGCUGAUAAUAAUUUUGCCUGGAAGAGAACACAGAAGGAAAAAUUACUAAUAUCAAAACCUCAGGAUAUGUUAGAGUUCUUUUUGAGAUGGAGUCUUGCUCUGUCACCAGGCUGGAGUGCAGUGGCACGAUCUUGGCUCACUGCAACCUCUGCCUCCCAGGUUCAAGUGAUUCUCCUGCGUCAGCCUCCCGAAUAGCUGGGAUUACAGGUGCCCGCCACCCGAAUAGCUGGGAUUACAGGUGCCCGCCACCACACCCAGCUAAUUUUUGUAUUUUUAUUAGAGACGGGGUUUCACCAUGUUGGCCGAGAUGGUCUCCAUCUCCUGACCUCGUGAUCUGCCCGCCCCAGCCUCCCAAAGUGCUAGGAUUACAAGCGUGAGCCACUGAGCCUAGCCUGGAGAUCUUAUACUGUAGAAAUCUUUACUAUGUAAAGAAGGGAAUCACUAGACUGAUAGGGCAGGGAUUUCUAAAGCUGAACACUACUCUGAUAUUCAGAGCACAAGUUAUCUUACUUUCACUAAUCUCAGAAAGUAUUAACCUAUCUUGCUUCCUUUUUAUUCCUGAAAUGUAAAGUGUUGUAUACUAAUGUAUUAUUGUUUCCAUUUUUUUUUCUUGGUGCUCCUCAGCCAAUUUUAAAAUCAACCUGCCCAUUUCUAGCCCUCACACAAUAGCAUACAAUUUUCCUCUCAGUGUCUACCAUCCCUUAUGACAAAAUAUUUCACUGAUAGAAUUCUCUGUGACAUUUGAUUUGACAACAAAAAGAAUGGUGACUGUCCCACAAGAUAAGAAAAGCUUUUAGGGGAAAUAGAUGCCUACCUAGGCAUCCUGGGACAAGCUGAAUUCACUUUAAGAGGGGGAGAAAUGUUAACUAGAAUAAGCAAAAAAGAGGGAAUUCUCUUCCAUGAGGAAGGCAAAGGAGUGAACUCAACAUAGAAACGUAAUGAAGUUCAGGUGGAAUGGGUCAUGCAGACUCAGCAAAUAACGCAGGAUACUGCUAGGACUCAGUGUUAGAGGAGGGGUUUGUGCCCUGACCCAACAGGACUUAUUGGCUGGUUUUUUUGUUGUUUGUCGGUUGAUUGGUUUUUUUGUUUGUUUGUUUUGGUUUGGUUUGUUUGCUUGUGUGUUUGUUGUUUGUUUGUUGAGACAGGGUUGCUCUGUCACCCAUCAAGGCUGGACUACAGUGGUGUGAAGUUGGCUUACUGCAACCUCUGCCUCACAGGUUCAAGUAAUUCUCCUGCCUCAGCCUCCCAAGCAGAUGGGACUACAGGCAAGCACCACCAUGCUCAGCUAAUUUUUAUAUAUUUAGUAGAGACGGGGUUUCACCAUGUUGCCGAGGCUAGUCUCAAACUCCUGAACUAAAUUGAUCCACCCGCCUCAGCCUCCCAAAAUGCAGGGAUUACAGGCGUGAGCCACUGUGCACUGUCCCUGUUGGCUGUUGUGAUGCAGACAGAAGCAAAAGCAGCCCUGGGGCAAUGGCCUUCCAUUCUACUUGAAUAGGCACAAGGGGAUCACUGAAGGGAAACUUGUAGACCUUAUAACUUAUCGAAGUUCUCUGGGGCACUGAUAAUUUUCACUGAUGGACUAUGACUGCCUUCAUCCCAAGAGUAGAUCUGAAUAAGAUAUAACCUGUAGUACAAUUAGGAGUUCUGGGAACUAUUCUGAAAACACCAUGCCCUCACCUGAGGACAGAGGUGGGCCCCGCUAUAUAACAGCACACAAUAGAAACUAGUUUCAGUGGAAAGCUUUUAAACCUAGAUAGGGUGACUGAAUUUGUCCCCAACAGAGUUGGAACCCAGAAAUAACCAAAUCAUGGCUAAUUGUAAUGAUACUUGUCAGUAAUAAUAUGGUGUACGAGCAUGGGCCACAUCUGUUAGAAAGGGAUAGCAAAUACUUCUCUAAUUCUUACUGAUUUGUUCUGGAAUGAAACUGCUUAUACCAUGAUCACACUGCAGUAUGGUAUAACAUUGGCAUUGUUGGUAAUAUUCAACUAUUUUAUGUAAAUAACUCAUGUGUUAAUAUUGAAACUGAUUAUGAAAUAUAUUGUGAAAUCAGGUUAAAACUUCCUCAGAAUGUGAUACCAAUGGAAAAGGAUGGCCUGUGGAAGAACUUAAUUUAACUAACCAUCAGCUAAUAUCUACGCUAAAUUGUUCUGUAUAAGGUUAUCACAGGGUGCAAAUAAAGGGGGGAAGCCGGUAAUCAGAUUAGUGCGAAAACAUGAAAAUGUAUGUGUAUGUCACGACUUUACAGGAUGGAUUAGCUGUUUUCUUAGGUCUAUCCCUACCCCACACUGACUCACAGAUAUUAGACAUAUUUAUGCUGACACUAUUGCUGUAUCUGUUAUAUAAAUGCUUUUCUAAAUAUAGAUACUCUGAAAAGUGUGAUCAUUCUGGUAAGAGAGCCUAAGCCAAGUGCCUGGUGAGUGAACUGUACAAGAAAGGGUUAACUCAGUUAAAUUUAUAUAAACUCAUAUAAAACUUUAAAAUAUUCUAAUCAUAUCACUUAGAGUAAGACACAGAAAUGGAAACUUUUCCCUUCGGAAUUUGGAUUCAGGGCCAUGUUAUUUUGGGUGGGAAAUCUGAAGCAAUAGCUUGAGGCCUAUAAUAAAGAUAGCAUUGAUAGAACAGCAUGUGUUCAAGGAAAAAAUAUAGGAUCUAAAAAAUGAAAACACUGCUCAGUGGUUAAGAUGAAAAGGCUUUAUGGGAUAGGCAGAAUUCUCUAAAUGGCCCCCCUUAGACUUUUGUUAUUUAAUCAAACAGUAAUCUAGGUUCUGCUGUGAAGGGGCUUUGUAGAUCAAUGGGUCGUAAAAUGUGAAGGUUACCAUGGUAACAAUCAGGUGAGUCUUCUAAAGGCUGGGAAUUUUUUUCACCUAGUAACAGAGGAGGAAGUCAGAGAGAUAUGAAGUGUGUGAAGAAUUCAACAAACCAUUGCUGAUUUAAACACGGAGGUGGUCCCAUGUAGGCACCAGAGUGGCAGCAGGCAGCUCAGGCCAUCCCAGAUCCCAGAGGACAGAAAACAGCAAUGACAAAUGGACAGAGAUUUCAGCCCUACAACCACAAGGAAUCUAAUUUUUCCAACAACCAUUAAACUUGAAAGAGGAUCUCAAGUCUCAGAUGAGAAUUGCAGACCAAGCUAAAAUCUUGAUUUUGUUUUAAAGAGAAUCCAGCUGACCACCAGGACUUCUGAUCAAUGGAAACUGUAAGGUAAUAGAUAUGUGCUGUUUUAAGCCAUUAAGUUUUUGUUAAUUUGUUGCAACUGCAAUAGAACGUGAAUGGUGAAUACACUUUUGGUAUUAAAUAAAGAUCAUUUGUUUCCAGCUCUAGUCCUUGCUAGAUUGGUGAUCUAUAAUUUAGCGCAAUAAUUCUCUACCUCUUUGGUCUCAGAACACUUUUAAAUUCUUAAAAAUUAGUGAGGGUCUGAAGAUAUUUCAUUUAUGUAAGUAUAUUUGUUGAUGUUAUAAUAGAACUCAAAACUGACAAAUUUAUUAUUUACUUUUAAUUAAUUUAAAUGGCUUCCAAUAUAGGUUAAUAUGAUAUUCUUGAUAAGAUAUUCUUGUAAUAUAUUUUAUAAAAAGUAACUUUAUUUCACAUUUUUGCUAUUCUUAAAAUAUUCAGCUUAAUAGAAAGCUGCAUUUUACGUUUCCUUCAUUCUAUCUGUUGCCAUAUCACAUAUCAGCUACCCUCUGAAAAAAUUCAGUGUGCACUCAUGAGAGAACAAGGGUAAAAAAAUAUUAAAACUGUCUAAAUAGUAUUGUGAAAAUAGUUUUUAUCCCACAGACUCUUUGAAAGCUUGUCAGAAAUUUUCAGAGUCCCUCAACCACACACUUAAAGAAUAGCAGACAGCAUAUCAAAAUGUCAGUCUUCAUAUAUGUAAAAUGAGGAUAAUGAUCAGAUUAAAAUAUAUAGUCCAUAUAAAGCAUUUGUCACAUUUUCUGAAACAUAAAAAGGGCUCGAUAAUUGAUACUUAUGGCUAUUUUCAUCUUUUUUCAUUUGUAUCUAUCACUUCCUACAGGAAAUAGAAAUUUAUGUUGGCAUUGAGAGAUCUGUUCCUUCUCAGAGUCCCCAUACCAGGUUCCAUGAAAACCACCUCUCAACUAUCUGAAAGUCACGGCCUCUCUUAUACCUUCAUGGAGAUUGUAGGGAAGUAUAAAGUAAUAAAACCAUAAUCAUUUAAAGAGUUUGGAUAUUGUAAUUUGUGAUGUCUGCCUCAUGUUUAUGACCCUUGAGAUCUGUGAAAGCUUGUGCAGAAAUAGUGUGAUGCCAUCAUCUGCCCUGCCUGGUCCUGAUAAUUUUCCUGUAAGGACAAUCAGAAAAUCUUUGUUCUCCUCCAGAGAGAAGAUCCAGAGAUCUUCCCUAUACCCCUUAGAGAGAAGACAAAUAAGUAUAUAUUAUUAUCCUCUUGGGAAUUUAAUUCUCAAUAGAAACUCAAGAACGUUUUUAUUCAUAUGAUUCUAAAAUAAAAGCUAUGCUCCUGGAGUUAGCUAAAGAAACUUCAGUGAGUCCAGUGAAUCUGCCUGUAUCUGGGAUUUAAUCCUAUGAAGGCUUCCAGAGGGAGUAGGAGUCUAUAUUCAUUUUAGCGGUAUGUGUCUCAUCUCUGUAGGGUUUAUUCUAGAUCAAAAUAUUUUCCUGAGGGAAAGUCUAGUGCUAACAUCUCCUUAUAUAGAAGAUAUUCAUUUCUGCUGGGAGGUGGUUUCCAGUAUAGGUAGUUGAACUAGAGCUGGAUGACUGCAGAAAUCACCAUGGCUAUGCUGGAAGAACAACAUCCCUGGGUGACUUUCCCUCCUGAAUCAACGUGUAGAUUGCAGGUAGUUGGAAUACACACCAAUGUCCCCCUCCUCCUCCCAGGGAAAGUCUUCCUGCUCUGCUGUGAACGGGGGUCCCAAGGCUCCCCUAGCGUCUCUCUCACCAUCACCUCCCAAUGUCCCUUGAUGGUGGAGGUCAGAGCUAGCCCCAUUGUCUCAAUAAGAAGGAGCUCAGAAAAGGAGGGGCUUUGUAUCCAGGUCUCUGAAUAAGGCUCUGAAAUAGCCAAAUUAAUGCAAGGACUUUAUACAUUACCCAGCCUAAAUAAAGAUAUACAUGGCCAGGAAAACCUUUCUCAAUGGAAAAGAAAAAUCUAUCAACAGUUACAUUACAUCUUUUUCUAUCUGAAAGAGUUUAAAAGGUAAGUCUGUCAUAGAAUUAUGUCUUUGGGGGAACUAUCCCAGGCUAUCACUACUACUAAGAGUUGGAGAAAUAGAAUAAAGCACUCUAGCUGAAGAAACAUUCUGGACUGCAGGACUGCCUGGGUGGAAAAUAGCUCAUACUGAUCAAGAAAACCUUUUGUUUUCUCAUCUGCUAUUGUUUUAUUUAUUCUAUUGGAAAGGUGAAAUUUUAGGCAUCAUCACUGUGAUAUUUUGUUCUCCAUUCCAGUGUGUUAGCCACUUAAAGAUGUUAAUCUGCCUGCGAUUUUUUUUAUUUUGUCUGUUUUUUAACAGCAAUGGAAAGGGUAAUGACAAUAAAAAGAUCUGUAAUCGAGAAAAAAUAACCAGACUAAAAUAUCAAGCAACAAAUAUUCCUACUGGGUAACAAUAGAUUGAAUUAUCUUCAAUAAUAUUGUUAUCCUUUAUAUUCAGAAAUUAAAUAUGUUUCAGACAUGAGUAUUAUGUCCAACUCUGUUUAAGAAAGAUUUUGCAAUAUGAUGUUACAUCCCCACUUGGCGUACUAUAGGAAUAUAUCUUAUUGCAACAAAAUAAUUUAAUGCAUAUUUAUAUAGAACCCUCCUCAAAUACAAUGUAUUUAUAGAAAUUUAAGAAUUUGUGAUUUUGCCUUUCUGUUUUAUUGAGUUAUUGAUCUCAAAGAAACACUGCCUAUGUGACUGAUCCCUCUUAGGCUUAGUUUGCAAAAGUUCACAAUGCUCACAUGUGUAUCUUCAAGCUUACCUCUCAGGUUAUUUUACCUCCAUAUGAAGUACUUGCUUCAAAAAUCCAUUACUCUAAAAUCGUCCUCAAGCAUUGAUUCAAAGCAGGUAUAUGAUACUAUAUUUGUUUUUUACAACUUGUGUAACAAAUU